AUGGAGCAACAAAGGUCCACAGGCCAAAAAUCAGAGGAAGGAUCAGAAGAGACACGAGAAGAACCCCAUGUACCUCAGGGAGAAUUUGAAGAGGUGGCUGAAAGGUCUUCCAUUUCAAGCCAGACUACGUCUGAUGUUGAGAAGAGUUCAUGGUGUCCAGAAAUGGAUGAGGAAGAUGAAGAUGCUGAGGCCAGACCAUCAGAUGCAGUAGAGGAGAGAGAGAAUGAUGGAGAAAAACAUAGGACAUCAGCAGGAAGAGUGAGAGAUGAAGAGGUAAUAGUGGUCUUGUGCAAUCAGGGUGGACCCAGAAGGCAGAGGGGAAACCAUACACAGGAGAAGAAGGAGAAAUCCAUUCCAUCCUGCACUGGUCUCCACAUUGAACAAGAGCAACAGACAGGAAGGAAAUACAGAAAGCACCUUGGUGCUCAUUUGAGAAGGCACAGAGAGGAGAAACCCAGUCAAAGCUCAGAGACUGUGAAAAGUGGCUGUCUGAGCAAACCAACUUUAAAAUGUCCAGUGCUUGACAUAAAGGAGAAAGGUAAUAAAUGCUUCAAGUGUGGAAUGAGGUUCACAUGGGCCUCACAACUAACAAGGCAUCAUCAAGAAAAUCAUUCUGGAGAGGAAAUGCAUAUUUGUACAGAAUGUGGAAAGGGCUUCCAACAACAACAACAUGUCAUAGCACAUCAAGGAUGCCAUAAGAAAUCCUUUAAGUGCUCAUGGUGUGAAAAAAGCUUCAGUGAUUAUUCAUACCUUACUAGUCAUGAAAGAAUUCACACAGGGGAGAAACCCUUUAAAUGCUCAAUAUGUGGAAAAUGCUUCAAGAAAAGCUCACAACUUACCAUUCAUGAAAGAAUUCACACAGGAGAGAAACCCUUUAAAUGCUCAACAUGUGGAAAAUGCUUCAAGCAAAGCUCACACCUUACCAUUCAUGAAAGAAUUCACACAGGGGAGAAACCCUUUAAAUGCUCAACAUGUGAAAAAUGCUUCACGAAUAGCUCAGACCUUACCAACCAUAAAAGAGUUCACACAGGAGAGAAACCUUUUAAAUGCUCAACAUGUGGAAAAUGCUUCAAGAAAAGCUCACACCUCACCAGUCAUGAAAGAAUUCACACAGGAGAGAAACCCUUUAAAUGUUCAACAUGUGAAAAAUGCUUCAAGGAUAGCUCAGGCCUUACCAUCCAUGAAAGAAUUCACACAGGAGAGAAACCCUUUAAAUGCUCAACAUGUGAAAAAUGCUUCACGAAUAGCUCAGACCUUACCAACCAUAAAAGAGUUCACACAGGAGAGAAACCUUUUAAAUGCUCAACAUGUGGAAAAUGCUUCAAGCAAAGCUCACACCUCACCAUCCAUGAAAGAAUUCACACAGGAGAGAAACCCUUUAAAUGCUCAACAUGUGGAAAAUGCUACACUAAGAGCUCAUACCUUACCAACCAUGAAAGAAUUCACACAGAAGAGAAACCCUUUCAAUGCUCGAAAUGUGGAAAACGCUUCGGAGAGAACUCAAACCUGACAAUGCAUAAAAGAAUUCACGAAGGGGGGAAACCCUUCAAGUGUACAGAAUGUGGAGAAAGCUUCAGUGAUGGCUCCAAAUUUAAGGAACACCAACAAAUUCAUCCAAUCCAGCCUCCAUGA